AGGCAAAAAAGAGAGCCAAAUUCGAAUCGAUUCUAUUCUCAUUUCUCUCUUUCUGUAUUCAGAAUCUCUCUCGACACAAGCCAUACCCUACCUUCAAAUCUGCGCCAAGGAAUCGCAGGAAUAGCUCGAUUUCGGGAUCCAUAAACCAGCCUCGAUCCGCGAGAGGUGAGCGACGGGGAGGUGUAUAAAUGGUGGCUUCAUGAUGAUCGAUGAUAUUCGACUUCCACGUUACCAAUUCCGGCGGAAUUUCGCAAUGAUGCAGAUGGUGGAGAGCGGGAGCGAUCACUGUAAGCCUCGAUUCUCGAAUGGAUCGGCGAUGCGCUUGUUUCCCCCAUCGGCGUACGUCGGCAGCCCGAGGCGGAGCGUUUCUUACAAUAGGCUUCAGCAGCCGCCGCUCCGCCUCACUGUCCUCAAAUUGGACGGAUCCUCUUUCGGAGUUGAUGUGAGUAAGAAGGGGACCGUUGGGGAGCUGAAGCGAGCUGUUGAAGCAGCUUUUGAUCAUUUGCCCAAAGAGGGGCCUGCCAGAGUUUCAUGGGAACAUGUAUGGGGACAGUUUUGCCUUAGUCAUGAAGGUGAGAUGCUAUUGAAUGACAGAGAUUAUAUCAGCAUGCUGGGCAUCAAGGAUGGUGAUCAGCUUCAGUUUAUUCAUCGUGUUUCUAGUACCAAUAAUUUCACAAAGAUUAAAUCAAAGGGAUCAUACAGUGAUGAUGAUGAUGAUGAACCCCACAAUAAGGUUGAACACAAAAGAAGAUCAAAGAAAGAAGAGUGCAUUCAUGAAGAGAUCUCGGAGGCGAAUAACGAAGAUGGACAGUGGGAUUUAGGAGAUGAUGUUGUCUCAAAACGCGAUCACCGGUUAAGUCUCUUAAUAAAAGGGUGGUUUCCGUAUCGCAAGUUCAGCGGCUCCAGCUCCCGGGCGAGGCUCGCAGAGAGAGGCUGCUCGUCAAGGUCUUCGCGGAACGUGCUGGGAGGUUUCAAGAAUUGCUUGAGAUUUUCAGGCAGCAAGUAUGAGUCUCGGAGGCUGACUUGGAAGGUCAAGUGAAAAAUCUCAUUAUCCAGUUUCAGUUGCAGAUUAACUUGUGAUUGAAGAAGCCAUAAAGGGUUAUGGUAAAUGGCCAAAAAUAAGAUGUUUGAUGCUUCUUUCUUCAUCUUUGUUAGAUUAGGAAAGUUUUGUGGAAUUAGCACUGUCUUUGUUCAAUAAGGAAUUAUUGAUAAUUGCAUUUAUGUUUUAGAGCUAA